GUUAAUACUACUAAACGCAAGCUUAACGGAUAAAAUGCUAUAAAUUAUUAAGUGCAAAGUGAAAGGUUUUCGGGAAUAUAUAAAAAAUUUUAAUAAUUAAUAAUGGGUUCCAGCAGCAGUAAAAGUAGCGAAAAUCUUCGCAUUACAAUCGGAAGUAAUGACAACAAAAGUAAAAAGAAAUCGCCACAAUUAAAUCGCAUCAAAACUACCAAAUAUACUCUGUUAACAUUCCUGCCCAUAAAUUUCUAUGAUCAAUUCCGAAGAGCCGUGUAUUUCUAUUUUCUAGCGGUUACUAUAAUAUCAUUUUUCGUAAACAGUACUAUUUCACCUUUGGUCUCCUUAAUACCUCUACUAUUUGUAAUGAUUGUUACCGGAGCUAAAGAAGCCUAUGAUGAUUUUCAACGUUAUAAAAAUGAUAAUUUGGUGAAUUAUUCCACGGUGACGGUAUAUCGUAAUGGUCAAGAGCAAUAUAUAGAAUCUCGUUUUAUAUGUCCGGGUGAUUUAGUUGUUAUCAGCAAAGAUGGUGAUGUACCCUGUGAUGUGGUUUUAUUACAUUCCACCGAUGUUAAUGGCAAAUGUCAUGUAACCACUGCCAAUUUAGAUGGUGAAACUAAUUUGAAAACUUUAAUGGUACCCAGAGGUCUUCUGACAAAUAGUAUAGACCAUAUUAAUAAUGUUGGUAUAAUAGAAUGUGAAAGUCCCAAAGCCGAUCUUUAUUCAUUUUUGGGUAAAAUUGAGUUAAAUGCAAGUAAUUCGGUAAUACCCUUAUCUGAGGAAAAUCUUUUACUCAGAGGCUCGAAAAUAAAAAAUACCGAUAAAGUUAUAGGCUGUGCUGUUUACACGGGCAUGUCCACAAAAUUACAAUUGAAUAGCCGUUAUACCGGUAAUAAAUCUGCCUCCAGUGAGAUUUAUAUUAAUAAAUUUCUAAUAUUUUUGGUGGUUAUAAUGAUAGUGGCUUGUAUCAUCUUGUAUAUGUUGGGGAGAUAUGAAGAAAUUAAUGUAGUUCCCCUAAUGGAUUAUCUGGGUCCUCCUAUACGUGUUAAUGAAAUCACUAAUAUAAUUGAAGAUUUCUUGGCAUUUCUGAUACUUUUCAACUAUAUGGUUCCUAUAUCGAUGUAUAUGAAUAUUGAACUUUAUCGAAUAUUCAAUGCCUUCUUUAUACAGCAGGAUUUGCAAUUAUAUGAUGCCGAAACUGAUCAGAGAGCUGUGGUUAAUUCUUCAAAUUUAAAUGAAGAUUUAGGUCAAAUAAAUAUUUUAUUUUCGGAUAAGACGGGCACUUUGACAAAGAAUGAAAUGGUUUUCCAGCAGUGUUCCAUAGAUGGUAGAAAAUACAUGUAUCGUAAUGGUUAUUUGGUAGAUCAAGAAACGGCUGUCCGUUGGGAAAUGGAUGUAUCAGAUGAUAACCCUCAAUUGGAAUUCUUCAAAGCUCUUGGACUUUGUCAUACCGUACAAAUUGCACAAACUCCCAGUGAAAUAGACGACAAUAGUACCAGUCAUACAAGCAGCCCCCAAUAUCAGGCCUCAAGUCCCGAUGAAAAAGCACUUUUGGAAGCAUGUUACAAUUUAGGACUUCAUUAUCUAGACGAUGAUAAUGAUCUUAUCAAAUUAAACAUUUUAAGUUCUAAAGACCCCGAAAAUUCCGAAAUUGUAGAGUUCAAACGUCUACACACUUUUGAAUUUACUUCGGAACGUAAACGUAUGAGUGUUAUAAUAUCGGAUGGAAUGGAGCGUAAAUGGUUAUAUACAAAAGGAGCUGAAAAUGUGAUCUUUGAGUUGUGUGGAGAAAAGUCAAAGGAUUUAAUUUCAAUAACCGAUCAACAUAUAACAGAAUUCGCCCUACAGGGUUUAAGAACAUUAGCUAUAGCUAAAAGAUUUAUACCCGAGGAGGAAUAUGAAGAAUUUAUUAAUGAUCUAAGGCAGGCACAGCUGGCUUUCGAUAAGAGGAAAGAGUUAAUGGACAAUUGUUAUAAAACUAUAGAAUGUG